AUGCAGUAUCGCGAGGUACACGAAAUUUCCCGCUACCGGACACUGAGAUUCCGACCCACCCACGCCCUUGUAUCCAUUGCGGCCGGUCCCCGCUGCCGCGUCUGCGCACAUAUUCACCAGUUCCUCGGCGGUACUCUCUGUGGCGGUCAUUUCUGCAUUGCCUAUCGACCAGACGAUGCAGAAUUCUCAUUUCUCAUUCAUGUCCUCUGCUGCCUCCAGGAUCGCUACAAGCUCUGGUGUCAGCAGAACCUGAACAGGGCCUGGGCACCCGUGAGCAGCCUUGGCGGGGCAGAAGCCUGGUGGUGGGAGAUGGUGAACGUCUUCUACUCGCAAUGCGAGAGGAGUCUGAGCAACGUCGGUCCUUGGUUGCUGAGCUUGCAGUGGCAGCAAGACUGGGGUAGUGCACGCGGAGGACCAAUUCUCGAGAUCCGGGAGUUCAAGUUCGCAACAACUCUCUACCACGAGUUUCAGCACUGCGCGUUCGCCAUCAAGCUGAGCGACAACAGCUGGUGGGUUUUCGAUCCCACUGGUAUCCAAUUCGGCCCGGACUGGCCUCUACUAUCCCCCCUCAACCACUAUUGCUUGCGCGCAGAGUCGAGUCUUCCCGUACAGCGGGUAUCUUUUCGCUGGCGGAUUCUUGGGUCCAGUGCCCACUGGCAGUACCGACGACCACCAUGGUAA